AUGGAGGUGGAAGACGUCUGCAAAGACCUGCCCGACUACGCCAGCUGCGCGUACAUGCGCUUCCGCAUGCCCAACUUUCGCGACACGAUCUACUCGCUGCUGACGGACUCGCAGAAGAAGGAGUACCACGAGCGCGCCAUGCGCUACCUGGAGCAGGAGACGCGGCGCUGCAAGGCGUGCCACGGCCGCCACUUCAUCCUGCUGCUGGGCACCAGGUACGAGCGCUACAUCGGGCGGCGGUACAAGCGGCGGCGGCGGCGCGGCGCGCGGCGGCGCGAGGGCGAGCGAGACCACGAGAGCGACUCGGGCAGCUUCACGGCCAGCUUCAGCCAGAGAGUUUUUUCCGACGCUUUUGGGGAACUCUACACCCUAUGUUGGCCAAUUCCUUUCAGCCAGGACAGCAGCCAGCAGUCGUCGCGCAUCAGCCUGUCGCGGUCGGGCCGCUCGGACGACACGGUGGGGCGGUCGGAGGGCAGCAUCCACUCGUUCCUGCAGCAGAUCACCUACGAGGACAUGCUGCUGUCCAAGAUCCGGCAGUCGUGGGGGGACCCGGACGACGUGCCCUCGACGGGCGUCAUCCUGGGCCACUGCCGGGGCGCGGAGCUGGACGAGAAGACCAUGGACGCGCUGCUGGAGUACGCCGAGAUUAAACGAUAA